ACCGUGGUGGUAUGUGCAUAAACGAGUGUCUGUGCACUUGGGGACCUGUGCCCAUGUGUGACUUUGGGCAUGUGUGGAACUUAUUCUCCUGGGUGUGAGGGGUAUGCAAUGCUGUAGGAUGGCUCAGUGCGUGUGCCUACCAUCCUGGAGCUGGGCGGCCUGGGUGUGCCUGUGUCAUUCUGUGUACACCUGAGUACGACUCUGCGUGUGGAGGGCAGUAUGCCGACUGGACCCACUGAGGCAUGGUGGCCAGAGCAGGGACCCCAGUCUAAGUGACAUGGACAGGAUCUGAUGCUCCUGAGACCAUGAGAUCCAGUACCGAGUCGUGAACUCGAGGCAGCAGUUCAGUGCAGGGAUGGAAGAACUCCUGGCUGUCGCUGCCCUCCAGGGCCCUGAGUUCGGAGAAGCCUGGACACCCAACAGUCAGCUCAAGGACCGGCAGGAAAACCCAGAUAGCUGUGUGAAGCCAGAGGCCCGCCAGGAGGACCCUGCCAGGGACGGCGCCCAGGAGCUUGGUGACUUCGGCGGAAUCCUGGGAACCAGACCAAGCCCUCCAGUUAUUCAGGCCACCUGUGGGCCCCAGAGGCAGGGUGCUCCAGGAAAGAGCCCGAAGCGGAAGGACGCAGAUGCUGGAGGCCCCAGGAAGCUGUGGAAGUGCGAGGAUUGCGACAAGGCCAUCAGCAACUGUUCCGUGUUUACCCUGCACCGGAGGACGCACACAGGAGAAACGUUUCCAUGUUCCGAGACUGGGCGUGCCUUCAGCCAGCGCAUGCACUUGACGCUGCACCGGCGCGUGCACACGGGUGAGCUGCUUCAUGUGUGUCCAGACUGCAGCAAGGCCUUCGUGCGCCCCUUGCACCUGGCGCAGCACCGGCGUGUGCACACGGGUGAGCGGCCCUUCACCUGCGGCCAGUGCGCCAAGGCCUUUCGCGGCCGCGUGGCCCUGCUGGAGCACCAGCGCAUACACACAGGUGAGCGCCCGUUUGCCUGCACUCAGUGCCCCAAGGCCUUCCGCUUCUCCUCGGCGCUGCUGCGCCACCGGCGCACACACACACCCGAGCGGCCCUACACCUGCAGCCAGUGUGCCAAGGCCAUCACGCAGGUGGAGCACCUGGCUCAGCACCGGCACGUGCACACAGGUGAGCAGCCCUACGCCUGUGGGGACUGCGGCCGCGCCUUCAGCAACCGCUCUCACCUGGCACAGCACCACCUGGCGCACACAGGUGCUAGGCCCUACAAGUGCGUGGAGUGCAGGGCUGCCUUCAGCCAUGCGUCCUCCCUGCUGGAGCACUAGAAGAUCCACACCGGUGAGAGGCCCUUCCAGUGCGGGGACUGCCGCAAGGCCUUCAGCAAGGGCUCGGCGCUCACGCUGCACCGGCGUACACACACUGGGGAGCGGCCCUGGUACCCCGAAUGUGGCAAAGCCUUCCGCAACCGCGCUUACCUGAUUCAGCACCACAUCAUGCACACUGGGGAGUGGCCCUACAAGUGUGGUGCCUGCGGCAAGGCCUUUGGCUUCUCCUCCACUCUCAUUCGGCACCAGAGGACACACACUGACAAAACAUGCCACAAGCGUGGCCUGUGUGGGGACACCUCUAUCCGGCUGCCACACCUGAGUGGACACCUGAGCUUGCAUGGGGAUGAGAAGCCUGUUAGCAGUAGUGGCCCUGCAGAAACCUCCAGGGACCAGCAGAAUAAGAGCUGACUGUUACUGGGGCCUCCUGUACCUGGCACUGUGCUGAGUGAGCAUUUUCACGGCUCAUGUCCAACCUCUCGGCACUAAGGGGAGAUACCCUCUCAUUCCUGUGCUGCCCAAGAGGAAACUGAAGCUCAGAGAAACUCUCUGACUUGCUCGAGGUCACACAGGGAGGAUGUCUUCUCAGGGCUGGGACUGCAUCCCACAUCUGCUGGACUCCCCACCACCUCCCUGAUUCAAAAUUAUAAACGUGACCCACCAAAGUAGACCUGAAGGAGUAUCUGUGGAUCUGUGGCUGCCCUUGUAAUUGUUGAUUUCAUGAUUGAACUGGCAAUGGUUCAAUAAAUUAA